AUGGAAAUAUCUUGGAGUCGAUGUAUCAUAUGCCAAAGAACCACAACAGAAGAUUUAAGAAGUCCUCUUAGAUCAUGUGGUCCAUGUUAUGACCCCAUAUCAGUCUAUGCCUCUUUUCUUCAGAAUGUUCUUGAGUUUAGCUCACUAGGUGCUCUGCCAGUCAAUGUUCCCUUCGCUCUUGAUAUAGACACUGAUGUUUUAAUUAAAAAUGAGGCGUCAUGGCACAAGUCUUGCUAUUUGAAAUUCAAUUUGUCGAAGCUACAAAAAGCCAAAGAAAGAGUAUGUAGGAAAAGGGAGAAGGAAGAAGGCCAACCAGAAGAGGAGGAGAAAGCCCCGGCAGUAAAGAAUCGACGAAAAUCACUAACACACAAUAAGGAGGACUGCAUCUUGUGUGGUAAGGGGGGCCAGCUACAUGAAGUCACCACUUUUUCGACCGACCAGAAUAUCCGUCGCAUGAUUACUGAAAUUAACGAUGCUACGCUAACGCCAAAGAUCUCAGGAGUUGAUCUCAUAGCUGCUGAGGCCAAAUAUCACCUUAAAUGUUUGACUGACCUAAGAAAUCGGUAUAGAAGUAAACUCACUAAAAAACGACAAGAAUCUUGUGAAAAAGAGGACGAGAAGAUUAUGGAGUCUCAAGCAUUCAUUGAGUUGGUUGAGUAUAUUGAGAACUCUGUCGAGGAGAACAAGCUUCUUUUUAAGCUAUCUGAAUUGCAUUCACUUUAUAUAAGUCGCCUUGAAGCUUUGGGCGUUUAUAAGACUGUAAAUAAAACUCGACUGAAGAAUUCAUUGUUAGAUCAGUUUCCUGAUGCACAAGAGCAAAAUGAUGGGAAAAAUCUUGUCAUAAUUUUCACGAAAGCAUUACAGGGUAUGGUUAAAGAUGCAAUCAAGAAAAGGGACUUCUCUGAGGACGCCACGAUACUGGCCAAGGCGUCCUCAAUUGUAAGAAGGGACAUAUUUAAGAAUAAAGGCUUCAACUUUUCUGGCAAUUUUACUACAGGUUGUCAAGAAACGUCCACCCCAGCAAGUCUGAAUUCGCUCAUUUAUAUGAUCCUGAGUGGCUUGGACAUUGAGAACACUGAAGCACAAGAUUCCCAGCCAUGUUUAACUGUGUGCCAGACGAUAAUUUUCAAUGCAAAGGAACGAAGAGGAAAGUCAACAACUGGCCAGACACGACAUACCAAGUCCCGCGAACCACCACUCCCAUUAUACAUCGGACUUAACAUACACGCAACAACAAGAAGCAAGGCGCUAAUAAUGAAGCUUUAUGAGCUGGGGCUGUCGGUCUCAUACCAAAGGAUCAUGGAGAUAGAGGAAUCCCUUGCCAGCUCCAUAAGCGAGCGAUUUGUUGCUGAUGGAUGUGUAGUACCUGCUAGUUUGAGAAAGGGACUGUUCACGAUAGGAGCGCUGGAUAACCUUGAUCAUAAUCCGAGCUCGACAACCGCUACAUCAUCAUUUCAUGGCACUGGCAUCAGCCUCUUUCAGCUCCCAACGGCUGGAAAUCAUGGGGAACUCAGAGAUCCGAUCCGCUUACCAUCACAUGGAUCAGCACCAACAGUUCUGUAA